AAGGAUCUUUGUUCUGUUUUAUUUGUUUCUCUCUUCCUCUCUUCUUCUUCUUCUUCUUCGUACAAUCGAAGAAACAAAACCUCUCAAUUUCCGAAUAUCUCGCUCUUAAACCCUCUCCAAUAUCUUUCUUUCAAAACCCAACCUUUUGUUUAUAAAAACCUUCGCAAGGAUUUGCGACUUUAAGAAACGUGACCCGAAUCGUCGCAAUGUUUGGAUAAGAGUUUUAAACUCAUUCGUUUCGAUGCAAUCAUUUUGACCAGACAAAGACUAUUUAUAAGAAAGAGCAGAAUUUUGAUUCAAACCCGGUUUGAUUUUGGUGAAGAUAAGCUGUGAGAUGGGUACUCGAGGGAACGAGGAAGAGGAAGAUUGGUUUUCUGAUGCUCGUGAGGAGGUUUCAUCUGUUUCUGAUUGUAACUCUGAAGUCGCCGAUGACUUUGUUCAAGCAACUGGUGAUUUAGAUCUUUGGACUAUGAAUCCAGAGAGUGUUACUAACCGUAGACAAAAGUUUUUUCAAUCUAUGGGUUUUAGUUUCAAAAAACGAGACUUUGAUCUUGAUCUUGAUCUGUUGGGAGACUCUAGUUCCGACCAUAUUCCGGUUUCGAAACAGUUGACCUCUGUGUCUGAAACUGAUCACGAGGAGGAAGAGAAGGAGGAGAAGUUGUUGAGGAAUGAAUCUACUUCCUCUGGAUCCUCCGUUUCAUCUUUCUCAACUGCAUCUUUGGCUGAAGCAUUUAGUUUCAGAGGUUCUUUUCAGAAUCGUGCCAAGAACAUUGAUGAUCAGAUUUUGCUGACGAGAGACUAUUCAAGUAAUAGUAGUAGCAUUGCUGAGGGAUUGAGUGAAUCUGAUUCGAGUAGGUUUGAUAGCUAUGGAGAUUUACCGAACUCUCCAAUGAGUCGUUAUGAAGAAUCGCCUAAAAAAGGAGCUAAAGGGUGGUUAAAGAAGUUAGGUGUGUUAACUCAUGUUCUUGACAAAACUGAAGAGUGCACUGAUGGUGAGUCAACGAGAUCAUCGAUACGGAGGCAAUUAACUCGAGUUCAGUCUUUUAAGAAGCAAUUCAAGGAGCUUUCGUCUCUGUGUGUCGGACAAGAGUUCUCUGCGCAUGAUGGAUCCAUAGUAGUGAUGAAGUUUUCUCAUGAUGGGAAGUACUUAGCUAGUGCUGGUGAAGAUUGUGUUGUGCGAGUGUGGAACAUAAUUGAAGAUGAGAGAAGGGACAACGAGUUUGAAGUGGCUGAGUCUGAUUCAAGCUGUGUUUACUUUGGAAUGAAUGACAAGUCACAGAUUGAGCCUCUCAAGACUGAGAAUGAGAAGAUCGAAAAGAGCAGAGGAUUGUUGAGGAAGAAGUCAGAAUCGACUUGCGCUGUGUUGCCUUCAAAAGUCUUUAGUAUAUCUGAAACCCCGCAACACGAGUUCCGAGGACAUACUGGUGAAAUCUUGGAUCUUUCAUGGUCGGAGAAAGGGUUUCUACUGUCAUCUUCCGUGGACGAGACUGUUCGUUUGUGGCGAGUUGGUUCUUCUGAUGAAUGUAUCAGAGUUUUCUCUCAUAAGAGUUUUGUGACUUGUGUGGCAUUCAAUCCUGUGGAUGACAAUUACUUUAUAAGCGGAUCGAUUGAUGGCAAAGUUCGUAUAUGGGAUGUGUCUCAGUUCCGAGUUGUUGACUAUACUGAUAUAAGACAGAUUGUUACAGCUUUGUGCUAUCGCCCUGAUGGUAAGGGUGCAGUAGUAGGUUCUAUGACUGGCGAGUGUCGCUUUUACCAUACAACUGAUAACCAGCUGCAACUGGAUAGAGAUAUCAGUUUACAUGGGAAGAAGAAGGUUCCUAACAAAAGAAUCACCGGUUUUCAGUUUUUCCCCGGAGAUUCAGACAAAGUGAUGGUUACUUCUGCUGAUUCUCAAAUACGAAUAAUCUGCGGUGUGGAUACAAUCUGCAAGCUUAAGAAAGCUUCAAGUCUUCGAACAACACUGAUGAGUCCAACAUUUGCUUCAUUCACAUCUGAUGGGAAACACAUUGUCUCAACAAUAGAAGAGUCAGGCAUUCAUGUUUGGGACUUCUCUCAACCCAACAAAAAGGCAUCUUCUCAGAAACCAAAGACCAUCAGAUCUUAUGAGGGAUUUCUAUCGCGAAAUGUGUCUGUGGCCAUACCUUGGCUAGGCCAGGGGAAGGAGGACAGUAUCAUAGCAGAUUUGGAAAAAAGUUUUGCUCAUUUCCCUGUUCCCUUGGACUAUUUCUCUCCAAUGAAAGGAGCAACAACAUGGCCGGAAGAGAAGCUUGGAGUAGUAGCAGGUACGGCUGCAGCAGCGGUUUCAGCUACAGUCAGCAGCAGAUCUAAGUUGAGGCUCUUAAAAAGUGUGUGCCAGAACGUUCAUGGCUCGACGCCUCACCUGUGGGGGCUUGUGAUUGUGACUGCAACGUGGGACGGUAGUAUCAGAGUAUUCCAUAACUACGGUUUACCAAUUCGAGUCUAAAGACAGAAUAAGCAGCGCAUGUAGAUUUUGAAGGGAAUUGUGGCAGUGUUUAGUGCAGCAUUCUUUCAUUUUGUUUGGAAGUCACUUAGCCUUAUUCUUAUAUACACAUAAGAAUUGUGAACUAAGUGGGUCUCUUUGCAUUUGCUUUUAAUUGGUACUAUUUGUAAUUGUAUAGUGUGAGAUCUAUUUGUGUGUGUGUGUAAAGUUAUAAAAAUACACUCUUUCACUAAUAAAUGGGCAGCUAAAUCUCUUUGUGAUCUUCAUAGCAGCUCUGUAUAUUAGGAGGAUUGAGACAAACCCUUUCGUGGAGAUAUCAUUUCAUAGCGUUGGUUGAAUCAAAACUUGUAGGCGAAAAGGGGAGAUCAACUAAAAGCCUCCCCCGAUGAGACCAUGUUUGAGUACCCGCAUUCCAAACUCAUACUGAUAACACCGAAUGUAAUGUUACAGAGACAACUAAGGUUGAGGAUGAUGAAGGAGAAAUCAAC